AUGGCCCUGUGCAGCGGGGAGUGGGUCAGCGAAGCCGUGCUUUGGACCGCGGACUGGAGGCACAUGGGCGAGCUCAUGUGCUGCUACGUGUGCCCGAUCCUCACUGUUGAGCCCGAGACCUUCUUCAAGGUGGUUCACUCUCAUCCCAGGUCCUGGUUCCUUGCGAAGACUUACGCGCGCAUGUUUGUCAACUGGAUCAACGACGAAGAUCCGAAGCACAGGAUGGACACCAGCAAAGUGACGGACGUGAUCCGCUCUGGCAGGGCGUGGUUGGACUCCGAGGCGCUCUGGUACAAGGAGACCGGAGAGUUCUUGGAAGCGCAGUUGGAGGAGAUGGUGGAGAAGGCUCGGAAGGCUUCGGAGGAGGCCGCUGUCCAACACCUCGAACACUGCGUCUCGGACGACGGCUCACAGGACGUCCCCAACGGGUGCGGUGGCAGCAGGCCUGGCAAGCACGUGGACGCGGGGGACCACCAGCUGGCUAGGCCUGGCUCCGAAGAGGCGCCGAAGGGGCGCAGAGGCGCCGAAGGGGCCAGGCGGGUGGAGCCCUCGCCCGCCCGCGGCGCGGAGGGCCCGGGGCGCUGCCGCCCGGCGUGCGAGGCGCUCGCCGGCGCGUCCCCGGCCCAGCGCGGCCCGCGGCGCGUGCUCGCGGGCCUCUGCGGCGGACACUGA